AAUUUGUUACUCCUAUUGUAAAAGUGCUGGAUUUGCUAUUUGUUUUCUCAACUGCUUUAAAAUGCAUCUUUCAUUCUUAUUCCAAUAAGAAAAAAUAUCCCUCGUCUGCAUUCAGUAGCCCCCACUUCUUUCAAAUUCAGACGUCAUGGUGUCUCAAUCCAUUUAAUCCCACCAGACUGAACUCAGAAACUGACCAGGAAAAGACGCGAGUCCCAAAUCUUUAAUCUAAUCCGACGGCCAUAUACGAACGCCACAGAGGAGGGAAGGUUGGCCGUCCGAUGAUCAAAAGACAGACCAGAGAAAAAAACUAUCACCAGUCGAAUUUGACUGGAGACUUCCAAACAUAUGCUAAUGGAGGGCGUUUUCAAUGUGGAAACAAAUGUACGAAUUUCCCAGACGCACAAUAGGUUAAUGGAGAAUUUCAUUGACUUUGACUAUAUUACUCAUUCAUUUCAUUGAUUUUGACUAUAUUACUUAUAUCUGAAUGUGGCUUUAGUGGCUUCGUUUAGCUGGACUGAUUGGUAUUGAAGAACCAUGUCAGACGUGUGCAGCAAUAUGCCGGGUGCGCUCGGAAUUUGAGCUGUGUGAGAUUCGAACGCGCGACGUCAAAGUAGGGUUUGCAAGUUUCUUAAUUGUCGUACGACUUUCACAGCUUUUUGUGACCAGAGUACUUUUUGAUUAAGGUCGUUUUUGCUUUGAAACUGAAGAUGUGGGCAUUAUUUUCAAAUUUCUCCUCUUACCUUUAAGCAAAAUGUCUACCAUCAUCGGUUUUCUGAGUUAUUAAGCACUGGCAUCGUUGUCAAUUUUUUCCAGUCGUCUGUAAACAAAAUGUCUAUCAUCUGCUUUCUGAGAUAUUAAGGGCUGGCAUUGUUCUCAAUUUCUCCGGUUAUCUGUAUUCAAAAUUCUAUCAUCUUUAAGUAGUGGAUUUUUCGAUCCAAAAUUUAGCUUUUUUCAAUAAAAUUUGCUCCCAGAAGCCAAGUGGUAUUUGAGAACCUGAUUCAGAUCUGCAGGUUUUGAGGUAUUAAUGGAAGACGGAGCAUCAUUUACCAUUUUCUGAUAGCUGGGAGUAUUAGGAUUCAUAGGUUUUAUGUCCAUCUUUAUCUAUUUUACCGAGUUCAAUAUACCUCUCCCUUUCCCAUUAGGAUUUCAAAUCUGGAUAUUUAGGAUUGAUAGGAUUCAAUAUGUGGAACUUAGUGUACUGCCAGUGUUAUCUAGUUGUUCUCCUAUUAGUAUUCUCUGUCUGGAUACCAUGUAAUUGCACAGUUGCUGGUAAAAAUGCAAGCCUGUUUGGAAAUGCGAGGCCUUUGGUCGUAAAUGUUGGUGCUCUUUUUGCAUUUGAUUCUACAAUUGGAAGAGUAGCUAAGACAGCCAUGGAAUUGGCAGUGAAGAAUGUGAACAGUGAUUAUAGUCUGCUUGGUGGGACAAAGCUAGAGCUUAGUAUGAUGAACUCUAACUGCAGUGCUUUCACAGGCACAGCGGCAGCUUUGGAAUUGUUGAAGAAAGAUGUUGUGGCAAUAAUAGGUCCACAGUUAUCCGUGCUUGCUCACAUUGUUUCGCAUUUGGCAAAGGAACUCCAAAUACCACUUUUGUCCUUUGCAGCUACUGAUCCCACUCUUACAUCAUAUGAGUACCCAUAUUUUAUCAGGAUGGCUCACAGUGAUUUUUCUCAAAUGUCUGCAAUUGCUGCUGUAGUGGGUAAUUAUGGUUGGAGAGAAGUUGUAGUAGUGUACAUAGAUGAUGACUAUGGCAGAAAUGGAGUUUCUAUAUUAGGGGAUGCUCUGGGAAAUCUUAGAGCUAAGAUUACUAAUAAGGCAGCCAUGCCUCCUGGAAUCAGCCAGAGUGAAAUGGGUAAUAUAUUGGCGAAAUUGGCUUUAGAAGAGGCACGGGUUUUUGUAGUCCAUAUGAAUUCAGAUGCCGGUCUUAAUCUUUUCUCUAAGGCUAAAGACAUCGGAAUGUUGAGCAGUGGAUAUGUUUGGAUAGUCACAGAUUGGCUAUCCUCUGUUCUAGAUUCAACUGUACUUGCAACAGAUGACAUGAACUCACUUCAAGGGGUGAUUGGCCUGCGACGGCAAAAUCCAAAUUCAGAAAAACGCAACGAGUUUACAAGAGUGUGGAAAAGGUUACAAACAACUCACAUGGUACAUUCCUCUUUGAAUGUGUUUGGACUGUAUGCUUAUGACAGUAUAUUGAUGAUUGCUCAUUCCAUCAACGCCUUCCUGAAUCAGGGAGGAAAUUUCUCUUUUGUAGAACAGAACACACUAUCAAAUAAGAGUGGAAGCAAUUCAGAAUUAGCAGCUUUGAAGGUCUUCGAAGGAGGAGCACAGUUACGGAAGAUAAUACUAGAAACUAAUUUCACCGGUGUUGCAGGUCCUGUGCAACUAGAUAAAUACAGGGAUCUGAUGGGCUCUACUUUUGAGAUUAUUAAUAUAGCUGGUACAGGAUUUCGCAGCAUCGGUUACUGGUCAGAUCACACUGGCCUCUCAGUUACACUACCGGAAUAUUCAGCUACCAUCAACCAUAACCAAUCUCAUGUAAAACCAAAACUUCACGAUAUCAUAUGGCCUGGUGAAAGCAAAGUAGUGCCACGGGGCUGGGCAUUUCCAAACAAUGGCAAGGAACUUGUGAUUGGUGUUCCCAGAAAAAUAGGUUUUAAAGAGUUUGUGACAACAGUAAAUGAUAGCCACACACCAAAAGGAUUUUGCAUUGAUGUGUUUGUUGCUGCAGUGAAUUUGCUUCCUUAUGCCGUUCCAUACACAUUUAUAUCUUAUGGAACAGGGAAUUCUACACCCAGUUAUGACAAGCUCGUCGAACAGGUUGCCUUUAAGAAUUUUGAUGCAGCCGUUGGAGAUAUUUCAAUUGUGACAAAACGGUCGAAGAUAGUGGACUUUACGCAGCCUUACGUAGAAUCUGGCUUAGUUGUGGUGGUACCUGUUAAAGAGAUUGAUUCCAAUGCAUGGGCUUUCCUGCGUCCGUUUACAGUACAGAUGUGGUGUACAACUGGCGCCUUUUUUCUUGUCAUUGGUAGUGUUGUGUGGAUUCUGGAGCAUAAAUCAAACCCAGAGUUCCGAGGGCACCCAAAGCAGCAAAUCAUGAAUGUUCUCUGGUUCGCAUUCUCUACGAUGUUCUUUUCCCAUAGGGAAAAUACUGUGAGCAGCCUUGGACGUGCAGUACUAAUCAUAUGGCUAUUUGUUGUUUUGAUCAUUAAUUCAAGUUACACAGCAAGUUUAACAUCAAUCCUCACAGUGGAGCAGCUUUCACCAACAAUUCAAGGAAUUGAUAGCUUGGCAUCGAGCAAUUUACCAAUAGGAUAUCAAUCAGGAUCCUUUGUUGCAGAUUAUCUAUCAGGAGAGUUCAAUAUAGCGAAAUAUAGAUUAGUGCCUUUAAACACUAGGGAUAGUUAUGCUGAAGCAUUGUCUCUGGGGCCAAAAAAAGGUGGUGUAGCAGCAGUUGUAGACGAGCUUCCUUAUAUUGAAUCAUUUCUAUCCACACGGUGUGGAUAUACAAUUGUGGGCAGUGAAUUUACUAAAAGUGGAUGGGGGUUUGUUUUUCCAAAGGACUCUCAACUUGCAGUUGACAUGUCCACAGCAAUCCUGGACCUUUCAGAAAGUGGGGAACUUCAGAGAAUUCAUGAUAAAUGGUUGAAAAAUGAUAUAUGUAGUCUAGAGGCCCGUGCAGUCCAUUCAAAUAAGUUUGGCCUGGAAAGUUUCUGGGGCCUUUUCUUAGUUACAGGGAUUGUGUGCUUUGUAUCUCUGUUUGUAUUUUUCUUUCGCAUGAUUUUUCAAUUCACUCGUUAUGCUGAUGCAUAUAAUGAGGAAUCUCCUGGUAAGUCACAUUCCUUAAGCCUAAGAAGUGCAAAGGUUCUAAGAUCAUUUGCCUCUUUUGUUGAUGAAAGGGAGGAUAAUGAAAAAAUAAGGAGGCUGAAGAGAAAGCGUGCAUUCAAGAAAAUGGAUCCCGAAUUCGAAUUGAGCCAGACUCAGAGCCGUCCAAUCUGAUUGACAUCCCUUGAUAUGGGCUUCUCUGUUGAUCAUACCAUUGGUAUUUACCCUAUUCAGUUUGAUACUAGCGAAACUACCACUUUGAUUUGAAGCUAAAACGUCUUUGUCAGUGCAACGGUAGCUCUUAGUUAUUGGAAGGAAGCAGAUUGCCAAUGAAAAGAUGGCUCUCAGUUAUUGAAAGGAAGCAGAUUAUCAUUUUCAGUUAUUCUUCAUUUCUUAACAGCUUCAUUUCUAUGAAGAACUUUCCAGGGAAGCUUACAAAACAGCGUUGUUAAAAAGGCUUGACAUAAACAACAAUUUAUUUA